GGAGACAGAGGGCGGGCGCGGGCGCGGGCGGGGGGGAGGUGACUCAGCCUCGGCAGCCGCGGCCUCCGCUGCUGCUGCUGCCUCCGCCACCGCCGGCGCCUCCGCCGCCUCCGGCUUUCUUGGUGCGUGCCUCUGCUCGCUCCGCUGGCCGGGCGAGGGGAGAACAUGGCGCUGCCCCCGGCCGCCGAGGCGGCGGCCCUGAGCACCCCGGAGCCGCCCGGGCAGCCCGACGCCGAGGAGCCGCUGGCCAUGAAGCGCCUGGCGGAGUUGAGGCCGGAGCCCGGCGGGGUCCCCCUGCACUCCCCCUGGACCUUCUGGCUCGACAGGUCCCUCCCUGGUACCACAGCAGCUGAAUGUGCUUCAAACUUGAAGAAAAUCUACACAGUGCAAACAGUGCAGAUAUUCUGGAGUGUGUACAAUAAUAUUCCUCCUGUGACUAACCUGCCUUUAAGAUGUAGUUAUCAUUUAAUGAGGGGAGAGAGAAGACCACUCUGGGAAGAAGAAAGCAAUGCAAAGGGUGGUGUAUGGAAAAUGAAAGUUCCCAAGGAAAGCACGCCCACAGUUUGGAAAGAGUUGUUGUUAGCAACAAUCGGGGAACAGUUUACAGAUUGUUCUACAGCAGAUGAUGAUGUAAUAGGGGUUAGUGUGAGUGUCCGUGAUCGAGAAGACGUUGUUCAAGUCUGGAAUGUGAAUGCUUCUUUAGCAAGUGAAGCAACAGUCUUAGAAAAGAUCUAUGAACUCUUGCCACACAUAUCUUUCAAAGCAGUAUUUUAUAAACCCCAUGAAGAACAUCAUGCUUUUGAAGGUGGACGUGGAAAACAUUAAUUGCACUCUGUACAGAAUUCUUUGUCCUUGCUGGUUGGUUUUGGACAUGAUUUAAGCAGGAGGGAGAG